AUGAACGAUAUUACCACCUGCGCCGCUAUUGCAAGCAGACGUGCCAGGUCACAGGGGGCCUCUUCGUGUGAAAGCGUCGGGUGCUUGGACAUGUUUCUGCUGCAAUCUUCAGUGGACGCGACGAACGAAGACCAACACUUGGAGGUGCAUUCAAACACUGUCCUUGGCGGGGUACAUCGAGCAGUAGCGCUAACACGAGCACAACGUUACCAACACAUGCAACGUAGCCAUCGUGGCGCAACGCAGCCAUUCACAGCUUCGGCCCCGCCAACAGCGGCGCCGUCAUGUGUAGAUACCGACAACGGGGCUACCAACAGGUUCGGCAAUUCUUGCGAAGUCUACACGCACGAUGCUGAGCAGCCAUAUGCAGGUAUCUGCAUGGAUCCGUAUUACGACGACGAUGAUUUCACCUCUGCGGACAUGUGCUGUGCGUGCCCAAAGGAGUGCCCCGAGACCCAAGAACUGGAUAAUCCUAGUCAGUGUGAGGAUUGGAUUCACUUCUCCGAUUCGAACGAGGCAGGAGGGAGGACAUCGCAUUCGAAUCUUGCUGGGCUUGGCCCAGAAUACCAUAAGCCUAAGGAACUCAGAUAUUAUGGAGUUGGGCAGCUUUCAAAUGGCGAAUACAUCGACAUGGUUUUUGUCAACACAACCACAUACCGCCCGAGGAACACUGGAUGGAACAAGAUUACUGGCGCUCAGGCGACGGUGAAUCUCCUCAUUGGGGAGUUUGCUACUCUGAAGGGUGAGUUCGUGAGAAACCACACCUUCUGUCCUGAGAAGCCAGUCCUGCCAAAAAUCACGUUCUGCGACAUUGACCAUUACCAGGAGGGGGAGAAUGAGGUGUUGUAUCUCGACGGUGUCAGCGCUAUCUACACCGUCGACGGCGACAUCGAUUUUGAUCUGGAAUUGUAUGAGGUUGACACUGUCGAAAGCGAAAAUCCUGUUCCAUUGGACUACACCACAGAAUCGAUCCCAACCUUGGUUCCGGGCAGGACUUCCCGCAGGUAUGCUGCCAGCACCGGUGGUACUUUCGGUAUCAAGACGGUCUCGCGUAUGUUCGGCCACGGGUGCGACAAUCCGACGGACCAGAACCAGUUGACCAACAUCACGUGCCCAGACGAGUCUGCCGCCACCGUGGACCAGGCCAAGCGAUGCUUCAUGGCUGAGUUCUCCAACACGAGCAAGUUCAGCGUUGGGUUCAAGAUUUUGACGGACAAGCCCGAAGAAUACAUUCAGCAGUGGGGCCGCAAUUUCGCCAUGGCCGGGACCUCCAUUUAUUUUGCACGCGAGGGCAGCCGGACUUGUUUAACAAGAGCACCGACAAGUGCUCCUACAUUUGCACCGACAGCUACACCGACAUCCUCACCAACAAGUAAGCCCACGCUUGAACCGACAGCAUCUCCAACCUUAGUUCCGACCGCCGCGCCGACUGGUGGACCGACACCUGCUCCGACUGCCACACCGACAGCGGCACCAACAAGCGCGCCCACGACUGCCCCGACAGAAUCGCCGACGGGUGCGCCGACUUCUGCGCCAACAAUGGCACCCACAGCGUCUCCGACCGGAUUUCCCACCUUCGUUCCGACCGUAGCGCCGACAGGUGAACCGACGUUUGCACCGACAGUUAUACCGACAAGUGCGCCCACUCCUGCUCCGACUGUCACACCGACAGCAACACCAACCAGCGCGCCCACGAUUGCCCCGACAAUAACGCCGACGGGUGCGCCGACUUCUGCGCCAACAAUGGCACCCACAGCGUCUCCGACCGGAUUUCCCACCUUCGUUCCGACCGUAGCGCCGACAGGUGAACCGACGUUUGCACCGACAGCUAUACCGACAAGCGCGCCCACUCCUGCUCCGACUGUCACACCGACAGCAACACCAACCAGCGCGCCCACUCCUGCCCCGACAGCGUCGCCGACAGUUGCACCAACAAGCGCGCCAACACCUGCCCCGACAGCUACGGCGCCAGCGGAACAGACGACAGCGUCUUUUCCCACAGGACCCGUUGCCACGUCAUCAGCUUCCGGGAUGAUGCCGUGUACGACAUCAACGGGAGUCGUGCUGGUUCUUCCAGCAUCUACAGGCGAGAACAAGGUGGAAGUGUGCACCGAGACCGGGUUUAGAAUCGGGCAGUCCAUUUUGAUCACUGGUGGUGGGCAUUCAGAAGUACAUGCGAUCGUGAGUUUUGGAUCUAUCGUGCUGGAUACGCCAUUGAUGCACGCUUUUCCAGCGGGUUCCAUUGUCGUGGCAAUAACGCCUGUACCUACACCCGCACCUACACCUGCACCUACUGCACCCGCAGCGCCGGUAGCAACAUCAUCUGCUGGAUCUAUGGCGCCAGUGCAGUCGAGCGCAGUAGGUGACCCACACAUGGUCAACGUGCAUGGACAGCGCUUCGAUUUGAUGCAACCAGGCGUACACGCCCUCCUUCAUUUGCCCAUGAAGGCGCGAUUGUCAAACGUGCUACUUCAUGUGGACGCGGACGCCCAACAGGUCGGUGGCGUGUGCGCGGAUACUUACUUCAUGAGCAUCAACAUGACUGGGAAAUGGGUAGAGGCCAAGGUCCACUCGCUUGGGCAAGCCAAGGGUCGGGGGCUGUAUUUCACGGCAGGCAGUGGAGCAGCCCAUACGGGCACAAAGUGGAUGGUUUUUGGGACGGUGCGGCUGAAGGUGGUUCACGGCCGCACCAAGGGUGGAAUACCAUACCUAAAUUUUUUCGUCCGCAACCUGAGGGAAGCAGGCUGCCUCGUGGGAGGGCUUCUUGGGGAGGACGACCACACGGAGGCGGCUAUCCCGACCAGCGCGUGCAGGAAGGUUUUGGACAUCUGA